AUGGGCAGUGACGACGCAUACGCACUCACGGCCGCCGAAGCCUUGGCCAAGAUUCGUGCUGGCGAGCUGACAAUUGAAAGCUAUGCGCGCUCAUUGCUGCGGCGCAUCGAUGUGCGCGAUGCCGACGUCGGGGCGUGGACCUAUCUCGAUAAAGAUUACAUCUUGCAGCAAGCAAAGGCGUUAGACAAGGUGCCUAUGAAGGAUCGAGGGCCAUUGCAUGGAAUGCCCAUUGCGGUCAAGGAUGUCAUUUACACAAAGGAUAUGCCCACGGCCCAUAACUCGCCAAUCUAUAAGAAUGACUUUCCAAAACUCGACGCGGCAUCCAUUAUCCUCCUCCGCCACGCCGGCGUCCUGUUUCUUGGGAAAACAACGACGGCCGAGUUUGCGGCCUCCUAUACGGGGCCAGCCUCGACACGUAACCCGCACAACCCGUCCCGCACCCCGGGCGGUUCCUCAUCCGGCUCCGGGGCGGCCGUUGGAGACCUGCAGGCUCCGGUCGCACUCGGCACCCAGACCGGCGGAUCCACCAUCCGCCCGGGCUCUUUCAACGGCAUCUAUUCCUUCAAGCCCACCUGGAACGCUGUUUCCCGUGAAGGGUUGAAGAUUUCCUCAUUGAUGCUGGACACGAUUGGCAUUUUUGCACGCGGCGUUGACGAUCUGGACCUUGUAUCUGAUGCAUUCGCGCUGCGUGAUGACGAGCCGAGCCAUUUCAACGGCAUCAAAGGCGCGCGCUUUGCCCUUUGCAAAACGGUCGUCUGGCCCAUCGCAGGAGAGGGGACGCGCAACGCGAUUGCUCGCGCUGUCGACAUCCUGCGCGCUCAUGGUGCAGAGGUGGACGAGAUUGAUCUGCCGGCAGAGUUCGACAACCUGCCUCGCUGGCACAAUGUCGUCCUGCAGACGGAGGGAGAGACGUACUUCCUCCCAGAGUACCGCACUGCCAAAGACCAGCUCUCUCCGCAGCUGGUAGGCUACGUCGAGCGAAAGGCUGGGUACGACCACCGCGAGCAGCUUAAAGCCCUUGACGGCAUCGCCGCCCUUCGGCCCAAGAUUGACGAGAUUGCGGGGCGAUACACCGCCAUCCUCACACCCAGCGCUGUUGACGAGGCUCCCGAGGGGCUCGAGUGGACGGGCGACGCGGCGUUUUGCUCGGGCUGGUCAGCGCUCCACACGCCGGUAGUGAACAUUCCAGGCUUUCAGGGGCUCACCGGGAUGCCGAUUGGCGUUUCGCUCGUGGCUGGGCGGUAUCGCGACCGGCAUCUGCUCAAGGUGGCGAAGGAGGUGGGUAAGUUAUUUGAGGCGGAGGGCGGAUGGAAGAGAAGGUUGUAA